CGGUGCCGGGCCCGGUGCCGCCGGUGCGGGCCGGGGGUGGAGGAGGCGGAGGGAGGUCCCGGUCCCGGUUCUGGUCACCGUCCCGGUUCCGAUCCCAGUCCCGGCGCGCCAUGGUGGUGCUGCGGGGCGGCGCGGGCCCCGAGGAGCCGUUCCCGAGGAUCGAGGACUGCCUGCCCCUGCUGCAGGACUCCCCCUCCAAGCGUUUCUCCCCGUCCAAGAGGAAGCAGUACUACAUCAACAAAGCCAUCCGCAACUCCGACCUCAUCCCCAGGGCCAAGGGCCGCAAGAGCCUCCAGAGGCUGGAGAACACUCGUUACCUGAUGACGCUUCUGGAGCAGGAUGACUGCGGGAGCGACGAGGGAGAACUCAGCCACUCGGCCACCCCCAGCAUCUUCAGUGAGGCCUGCAACAAUGAGACCUAUGUGGAGAUCUGGAACGACUUCAUGAACCGCUCGGGAGAGGAGCAGGAGAGGGUCCUGCUCUACCUGGAGGAGGAGGCCAGGAAGAAGCACAGGAGGAAGCUGCCAGUCAAGAACGAAGACAAGUGGAAAGAGCUGCCUGCCUACACCCCCCAGGAGUGCUUCCAGCGCAUCAGCCGCCGCCUGCGCGCCACCCUGAAGCGGGGCAGGAUCCCCAUGGGGACGCUGGAGGGGCUGGAGGAGGAGCUGCUGGCCUUCUUCUCUGUCACCCCCCACUCUGUCUACACAGCACUGAUGGAUAACAGCUUUGAGAGGCUCCUGCUCCACGCACUCUGCCAGUACAUGGAUCUCGUCUCUGCCAGCUCGGACAUCGAAGGGAAGCGCCAGAUGAAAGUGAGCAACAAACACCGCGUGUUCCUGCCCCCGGAGCUGCUGCUCUCAGACUACCUGGGCCAGAUGAGCUGAUGCCCCCACAGCUGCCCUGCCCCUCCUGUGUCCUCUGCAGCCUCUCCCGGACCUUCCUCAGCCUUUCCCCUGCUCCAGCAGCUGCUCCAGGCCGGGGGGUUUGUGGCUGUGCCCUUGGCUGUGCUGGCAGCAGGGCAAUGGGCGCAGAGCAGGUGCCUCUCGCCCUCCCUGCUCCCAGCACGGCCCUCCUGGAACUGCUUGUGUGUCUAUUUAUAACCCAGGUGUUUUUAAAAAGAAUCAGGCGGGGCCAGCCUCCCUCGGUGGGGUGAUUUGGGUCCAGAUUUUUCUGCGGUGAAACAGCUCCCGGGCGGCUGCUGAGCAAUCGCUGAGGCGGCGGAAGAGCCCCGGGGCUGCCGCGUUCCCUCCCGCAGCCCCGCGCCCGCCCACCGGGGGCUCGGCCAGGGCGGGGUGUGGGCAGCUCCCGGUGCUUUUUACCCCACACCCUGCGCCCUUGCUGCAGAACGGGGCUGUUUUUAAGUGUAAUAUAGCUUGUGUUUUUUAUCACGUGUGUGUCUGUGUGUGUGUGUGUGUGUGUAUUUACGUGUGUGUGUGCUGGAGGGGUGCAGCCCCUUCAGGGCUCUGCAUGGGGGAGGGGGGCAGAUGGGGCAUUUUAGGGGUCCCUCUAUGUGCCAAGGGUUGCUCGCAGGGAUAUCUUUGCUGGUUGCUCUUGUCCCACGAUGCCACCGACUGCCAUUAACCGCGGGCACCCCCAGACCCAGGAGGCUCGGCCAGGGCGGGGUGUGGGCAGCUCCCGGUGCUUUUUACCCCACACCCUGCGCCCUGCCCGCAGAACGGGGCUGGUUUUAAGUGUAAUAUAGCUUGUGUUUUUUAUCACGUGUGUGUAUUUACAUGUGUGUGUGCUGGAGGGGUGCAGCUCCCUUCGGGGCUCUGCUUUUCCAUUGGGGGGGCAGAUGGGGCAUUUUGGGGGUCCCUCUAUGUGCCAAGGGUUGCUCGCGGGGAAAUCUUUGCUGGUUGCUCUGGUCCCACGAUGCCACCGACUGCCAUUAACCGCGGGCACCCCCAGACCCAGGGGAGCCCCUCGCGCCUCCUUGGCUGGUUCAGCAACAAUAAAAACGGUGCUGCCCUGCUCCGGCUCUGUGUCUCCGUGGGGAUGA